AUGAGCUAUUUCGAAUUGGCAAAGCAAUUCGUGAGUAAGAAAGAGUUGCCCCCGGUGGACCACAGUAAGAUCGAGUAUUAUCCUAUCAAGAAGAACCUGUAUAAGCAGGUUCGGGAGAUUUCCAAUAUGCCGGAGCAUGAGGUGGCGCAGCUACGACAGAGUAAUGGGGAUAUCAGAGUUAGGGGGAAGCACUGCCCUCGACCCAUAAAGUCGUUCGCUAUGGCAGGCUUGGACGUUCGAAUUCUGCGUAUGCUGGAUAGGAAGGGCAUUACCACUCCUUUCCCCAUCCAAAUGCAGGCGAUCCCUGCCCUACUGUGUGGCAGGGAUGUGAUAGCAAUAGCCCCUACGGGCAGCGGGAAGACUCUAGCUUACCUCCUUCCUAUGGUCCGGCAUGUGAUGGCGCAG